AGAGAGAUCACAAAGCAGAAAGCUCACAACGAAGUGAGAGUAGAGGAAGAGGAAGAGGGUUUGUGGAAAAAGGAACAAAUUCAAGAAAAUAGGACACUCAACAUCCAUGCCGAUGAUCAUUCACCAUCUUUAAGAAGAUAUUUUUAGAGAGCUUGAGAGAAAGUAAAUCCGUCACCAUGAUGAAGUUGAGGAGUCGACUCUGCUUCCUCGUUCUAGCAUUUUCUUCAAUUUCCAGAGGACAAAAUAUAAGUACCGUUCCUUCAAGUGAUAAACCAGCUUCAGACGGCGUCUCUCUACCAGCCCUGUUACCAAAUGACAGCCAGAACCAAACUACCGGCACCACGCCGCCCCCCAAGUCUCCUCAGAGUCAUGAAUCAGAGAAUGCAACGGAUCUGCUCUCAAGAAACUUUACGACUCAAGAAGAAGAAACAACAACUGCAAACGACUUCAUUUACAUAGCCGAGGAAGUCACCAGCAUCGCAGUUAGCACAGGCGGCUAUAAUGAAGACGUGACGACGGCGGCCGCCAACACGCCGAAAUCAGAUGCAGGUCAUUCGUCUUGGGGUUACGUGAUCCUCAUAUUGAUCAUCUUGGUGAUCAUUGUUCUGUGUGUCAUCCUCUACUUUCUCAGGAGAGUCUCCAGGACGUACUCGUUUGACCUCCAUCGGCAGGUUCCCGCCAACCCCCUGAACGAACCCAUUGGCACCUUUGAACCAGUCUACCUGGACGACCUGGAUCGACGAUCUUCUAAAGACCAAGUGACCACCGGCGACCUUUCACCUCCUCCUGUCUCCAACGGCACAACUCUGCAGUCGGAGGAACGGCGCCCCAGUGGAGAUGGCGCUCCACAGGAACAGCUGGACACAAACGGCAUGGAGACGUCGCCCACCAGUAACACCAGUCCCUCACUGGGCGACGACCCGGCUGAGAAGACACCCAGCCCAAUGGGCAGUACCAACAUGUUCUUUGAUGUUGUUGGGGAGGAGCAGCAGAACGAAAACAACAACAACCCAUCGGUUUGCUCCAGUGACCCCUUCGUUGAAAUAAACCUCGAUGAGCCGGCGUUGUGCGAUCAGCUCCUCACCUCCACUGAAGCUCCUUCCUCUGUCCUCCCCUUCUCUCCUUUCUCCUUCUCCUCCUCCUCCUCAUCCUCCUCCUCUUUCUCAUCCUUGCACCUCCAAUGAUGACCCCAGAGCUCAACAUGGAGGUCAGACAACAAGCUGGAAACAGAAAGAGCUAGCUUACGCAUGAUGUUCUGGGGUGUUUAGAUGCAAUCAUCACAGUCUGAUAAGGUAGUAUUUUUUUUGUCUAAAUGGAGGUGACUUUGGAACAUAUCUGUCAAAGGUUAGCUCAGUUAACCUGAACUAAUAUCAGCUAUAAGCACUGUUUCUCAAACUACGAAAAUAUUUUGCUAUCAAGCUAUCAAAAAUCUUGUAUUUCUGCUGGCUCUGUCCGUUUCAAUCAAUACUCACUAUAGAGUCCAAACUAUACGGUUGGUUCACCAUUUUAUAGUACUGUUAAUUGUAAAGUGAUAAUUAUUUUUACCCUAGUGGACUCAAAGUACUCCAAAACUGCAAAGUGAAAAGUAGGACAGCCAUGUUUAAUAUAGGUCAAUGCCUAACCUUAAACAUUGGAGGUCAAUGCCUAACUUUAACCUUUGGAAGUUAAUGCUAACUUUAACCAUUGGAGGUCAAAUCCCAAACUUAACCAUUGCAGGUCAAUGCCUAACCUUAACCAUUGCAGGUCAAUGCCUAACCUUAACCAGUGGAAGUCAACCUCUAACAUUAACCAUAGGAGGUCAAUGCCUAAGCUGAACCAGUUGACGUCCAUGCCUAACCUUAACCUUUUAAAGGUCAUUGCCUAACAAACUAGAAUUUUUUUUCAUUUUGAAGAUGAGCUCACUAGAGAGUCAUCUUCAUAGACCUCCCUACAUUUUAAGUAGGGAUUUAUAAGUCAAGUAUUUUGGACACAGCCAUGUUGUUUCUGUGGUGGCCGUUUUGAGAGAAAGAAAUUAAAAAUAUUAUUCAAUGCUGUAAUUUUGCUUUUUUGUGGUAAUGCUUUGGACCAAACUGACAGACAAAAUGUAAAUUUGGCCUUCAUUUCUAUCCCUUUAUUCAAUUAAAAUCACUUCAUUUGUAUUUUCUUGUACCCUUUGUAAUAAAACUGUUCUGUGUCACAGUG